AUGUCUUCCCAGUCCGAGCAGCUUACCGCCAUCGCCCAGUCCUUCAAGGGCGCGCCCGGCUUUGAGCCCAUCACUGCCGCCAUCGAGGACUUUGUUCAGUUCUUCAAGCCCCAGAACGCUAUCCAAGUUGGCGACAAAUUCCCCUCGUUCCGCCUGAGCGAUGCCACCGGCAAGGAGGUGUCGAGCGACGACUUGCUCGCCAAUGGCCCUCUUCUCAUCACCUUCUACCGCGGCGAGUGGUGCCCCUACUGCAACAUCGCCCUCCAGCACCUGCAGCGUCACCUUGACGAGUACAAGGCCCGGGGUGUUACUCUUGUCGCUCUGACUCCCGAGCUGCCCGACUACAGCUUGACCACGGCCGAGAAGAACGAGAUCAAGUUCCCCGUCCUUACAGACCGCAACAACGAAGUCGCCAAGAAGCUCGGCAUUGUCUUUGACCAAGUCUCUGCCAAGGACCUCUUCAAGCAAGUCGGUGUCGAUCUCACCAAGCGCAACGGCCUCGACAACUUUGAGGUGCCCAUCCCUGCCACUCUGCUUGUCGACGGUUCUGGUGUCGUCCGCAACGUCUUUAUCGACCCCGACUACCGAAACAGAAUGGAGCCCAAGGUUGCUCUGGAGUGGAUCGACGCUCUGAAGAACUAG